CACCCUCUGACCCUGGACGCCGGAUCCCCAAACCCUCCCCUCCAGACCCCCUCGACGCGAGAUGGCCGACGACAACGGCGGCGGCGGCGGCGGCGGCGACCACGUCAGCGAGGGCGCUCGCCCCGAGGAUGAUACACAUACACGUGAAGAGGGAUUGUCUAAAUCCAGGGAUCGUGACAGAGAAAAAGAAAAGGACAGGGAGCGCCAUAGGGACCGUGACCGAGAUAGAGGAAGAGACAGAGAUCGGGGUCGGGACAGGGAUCUAGACAAGGAUCGGGAUAGGGACAAGGAUCGGGAUCGUCACCAAAGGCAUCACCGUGAGAAAAGGGAGCACCGAGACCGUCCUGAUGAUCACGAUCGUCACAGAAGCCGUGAUUCUGAAAGGAGAAGGGACCGUGAGAGAGAUGGACAUCACAGGCAUCGCUCUCGUUCACGGUCUCGUUCAAGGGGCAGGGAUGAUCACAGAUCUCGAUCUCAGUCAAAAAGCAAGCGAGUCAGUGGGUUUGACCUGGGACCAACAGCACAAUCUGUAGUUCCUCAGUUCCCUACUAUUCCAACCCCAAGUCAGUUACCGGGCUCUUCUAUUCCUGGAAUGUUCCCGAACAUGCUCCCUUUUGCUGUUGGACAGUUCAACCCCCUCAUCAUGCAGCCACAAGCCAUGACUCAACAGCAUAUUUUUCCUCAGGCUACUCGGCAUGCUCGGCGUGUUUAUGUCGGUGGUCUUCCCCCAUCUGCUAAUGAACAGUCUGUUGCAAUAUACUUUAAUCAAGUCAUGGCUGCUAUUGGAGGAAACACUGCUGGUCCAGGUGAUGCUGUUCUUAAUGUGUACAUAAACCAUGACAAGAAAUUCGCUUUUGUGGAGAUGAGGUCUGUGGAGGAAGCAAGCAAUGCAAUGGCACUGGAUGGCAUUUUAUUUGAAGGUGCACCAGUGAAGGUUAGGAGACCAACAGACUAUAACCCUUCUCUGGCAGCUGCCCUGGGCCCCAGCCAGCCAAGCUCCAAUUUGAAUCUUGCUGCAGUGGGCCUAACACCAGGUUCAGCAGGAGGGUUAGAAGGCCCGGACCGUAUUUUUGUGGGGGGUCUCCCCUAUUACUUCACAGAGGCUCAAGUUCGGGAGCUGCUUGAAUCAUUUGGACCUCUUCGAGGAUUUGAUCUUGUGAAGGAUAGGGAAACUGGUAACUCAAAGGGCUAUGCGUUCUGUGUGUACCAGGACCUCAAUGUCACUGACAUAGCCUGCGCUGCUCUAAAUGGUAUCAAGAUGGGAGACAAAACUCUUACGGUCAGACGAGCAAACCAGGGCUCAGCCCAACCUAGACCAGAGCAGGAAAAUAUCCUUUUGCAGGCACAGCAGCAGGUGCAGUUACAGAAACUUGUGUAUCAAGUUGGUGCACUUCCUACAAAGGUUGUAUGCCUGACCCAGGUAGUUACUGCUGAUGAAUUAAAAGAUGAUGAAGAAUAUGAGGACAUUAUGGAAGACAUGAGGUUGGAAGCUGGGAAAUAUGGUAACUUGGUGAAAGUUGUCAUCCCGCGCCCUCAUCUGAGUGGAGAGCCAGUUUCUGGAGUUGGAAAGGUGUUCUUAGAGUAUGCAGAUGUUGAUGGCUCCACCAAAGCAAAGACGGCGAUGCAUGGAAGGAAAUUUGGUGGAAACCCAGUUGUUGCGGUCUUCUACCCCGAGAACAAGUUUGCUGAAGAGGACUAUGAUGCGGCAGCAUAAAUUAUCUCUCUUUUCCAAUGCCAAUAGUGUUUUGUGUAGUUCGUUCGAUUUACAGCAACGUUUCCCCUUCUAGUUGAGCUUUCUUGUAGCCCUGGAUUUAUGCAGAGCCGCCAGUUAUUAAUAUUGGAAGAUAGAUUGCCUAAAGUUGAUCUAA